AUGGCUUCGGAUUUGGAGGAGAGGGUCCGCGCCGCCAUCCGGGACAAGUUGCUGACGAUGAAAAUCCCGGAAAACGAAAACGACUUUUUGCCCUCAUCUUGCUACCUCUUAGAGAAGCAAAGAGAACUGACAGAGGUGGAGAAAACUUUCUCAGCCACCAAAGAGGAGUUCCAGAAGAAGAUGGAACAUCUGCAGCAGCGACGGCAAGAGCUGGAACACAAAGAAGGUCAACUCAAACAGGCCAUCCUGAAGUUUGACAAGUUCUUGAAGGAGAACGAUGCCAAACGGGACCGAGCGAUGCGGAAAGCUGAGCAGGAAAAGAAGCAGAUGGCUCAGAAAGAAGUGGAAGCCGAACACCUCAAACAGGAAAUUGCCCGGUUAAUGACGGUGAAGACAAAACUCCAAGGACGCCUGGAAGCUCAUAAGCCUUUCUCCGAGUAUCUGCAGAAAGUCCUAAGGAAGACAGAGCAAUUUCAGGAAAUCUCAGAGCUGAUUGGUCGGUUCCAGACCCUGAAGGCCACCCAGGUCAGCUUGCUCGAGAGAGAACAAGUUGCCCGCGAAGCUGUGGAAGAGGAACGCAGGUGCCUACAACGGUACCUGGACGAGAGCAGUAACAGGAUGUUGCAGCAAAAUAACCUGGUGGCUGAGCUCCAAGGCCAGCUGGAGCAAACCCGGGCCAAAGUCCUUGAAUUGGAGUCCAACUGGAUUUGCAUCCAGAACACGGCUGCCGGCAAGACCCUGGAGCUGGGACAGAUCAAGCUGGCAGCUUUGAACCUUUUCCAGAUGGUGGCCAAGCACAGGAAGCUACCCAUGAACGUGCCCCAAGAGGACACCGAAGCCCAACUAGAUGCGGUGCAGCUUUGUGUUGAAGAUUUAACAGCCAUACUCGCCGAUUUCCGCAAAGCAGAGCCACCGCAACCUUCACAACCAGAAAAAAGGGUGCCAUCACAAACCAGUACAUCAGCCAGCCAGUCACAACUACUAUCUAGGCCUCUUCUACAUCCCCAGUCACCCUUACCUUCUUAG